CUCAUGGCAAUGCUUCACAUAUAUCUUCCCUAGAGUAUAACAGAGCAAAUGUGAUUCUUUUAGCCACAAAUUCAAAACUCUGAAACCCAUCCAAUUCAAUGCGAUAUUUACUAAAAUACCUUAACCAUACGUUCCGAGUCCUGGUGGUUGUCAGCCUCUUCAGUUUUUCUUACCAAUUCUUUUGGGGAACGAAAAGCGGAACAUUGGUCCUCAAGAGUGCAGAACUUGAAAGUCACGAACAGACAGAUAAGUUUUCAAAUUUCCCGGAUUUGACUUAUUUUCAAGUGUCAAAAGAGCAUGACAUUGAAUUGUACCGCUAUGCUCCCAUCGAAAUCAUGACCCAACCCGGAGGACCCAAAGUUUAUUCCCGAAGACGGUCCACUAAUAAUUGUUCCCAAGUCCCAAAGAUGAAGAAUAUCAAAUUUUCAAAUAUAUACUGGCAAAAGAUGGAUCUAGUUCAUAGCACCAUUUACUUACUUGGAGCUUAUUAUGAUUCGAGAAUGUCUCCACCUUUGAUAAGAGUGAUUUUUGGGCGCCGGCAUUUCUUUCCGGUGGAUCGAUUAUGGGCCCAAAUGUGGUUCCAGAAUGGAAACGAGGGCGUCACAUCACGAUCUACAGCCGUUAAAUACUUGAACCAUGGCCAAAGUGACUCUGAAGAAUAUAAACGCACCACUCACGAAGAGUACUACGAAGCGUUUAUGGCCGAUUUUCCCAUUCCCAACGAGUUUGGAACGGCCAUUCCAUUGAUGGUGUCGCUUGUGGAAAACGAAUGUGAUCAGGCCAGCAACUUGCUCAAAGUUAUCCAUGAGAAACCAAUUGAAAAAAGGCAAUUUGCCAUUUGCACCCGAACUCUGUUCUUUCCCAAGGACGAAGUGUUCCCACUUCUCAUGGAGUGGAUCGAGAUGAACUUGGCUCUUGGAGUGUCCAAGAUCCUCGUCUACAUCCUGAACGUGGGUCCAAAGAUUCAGACCGUGUUGGAGUACUACAAAAAUAUGGGCGUAUUGGAGUACUAUGGGAUGACUUGGCCGGGAGCUAACCCUCAAACCGCGUUCCUUCAGCAUGACCUUUGGAACAAAGUGCUUUGGUUCGACACUGUUUUGGACCAUUUUGCUUUCCACGAUUGUCUUUACAGACACCUCUACAGCUAUGAGUAUCUAUCGCUUCUUGACGUAGACGAGAUCAUCAUGCCUGUUCAAGGCAUGAAUUGGAAAAUUUUAGUGGAUAAUCUGGUGCUAGAUCCCGAAGAAUCGCCAUGGAACAACAGCAAUGAAGACGAAUGGGACUCCCUACUCUUCCGCCAUUUCUUCUUCUUUGGAAACCAAUCCAAACCCUUCAAAUCGAAGUUCCGGAUCUUGAACAACGAUCUUAGAUCCAAAGAUCAUUUUGGAUACAACCAAGUCAAAGGGUUCUUUCGAACCCGGACCACGGAAAUAAUGUUCAAUCACUAUCCAGUUCGUUGCGUUACAAACAAUGGAUCUUGUCAAAUAGCCACGGCUGAUCCCAGUUAUGCUCGAUUGAACCACUACAGAAAUGUCUGCCAGUCCCUCAAGGUCAUGUUGCCACCGGAAUUAUGUGAGAAAUUCAAAACCGAACUGGAGGCGGAUGAUCUCGCGGAUCGGUUUGCAAAAACAGUUAUGCAAGGAAUGGCAAGGGCAAGCCAACAUCUGCUCAAAAGGGGAAUUUCAAUGAAUGCCGAGUUUGAUUUUGGCUUGACCGUUUGAAAGAAUAUAUUUCCAAUCAAAAGCGGA